GCUUCGUGCUUCAAAUCGGACCCACUUCGCUUACACACAACGCAGCCAAUCAGACCUCUGCUAGUCCGCCACGCCGAUGCUUCCAACCUCGCACACAUCUCGCAUACGCACGGCUGCAACGUCGUUGGUGAAGACGCCAGACCCAGGGGUGCUAAACUCGUGGAGGACAAAUCGAGGAUUUCCAGCCCCUCGUCCGCGUCUCUCAACCUCUCCGAUCUAGACGAUGACCCACCAGCCAUCGGCAGAUCGCGCCUUGCCACAGCUUGCACCGACAACUCGCAUUCACGAAGUGCCAUCUCACCAAGACUGGGUUCGCCAGACUACUUCCAAACACCCAACUUCACCGCAGUCACAGCUGGCAGCCGUUCAAAAUCCCAUAUUCCCGAACCGACCACGGAUCUAACGAAAUAUCGCCUGAAUUACCCCAGUCUGCUGGCCACGGUUCGUCGGUUGGUGAGUGGAAAAGCGGCACCCAAUGCCACCCAAACACUGGGACCGUUCGCCGAAGAAAUUUUGCGGCAGCGCGUUGACACAAGCCCACCAAACACAUGGCCCAUGUUCGAUGUCGUGGACAAUGGCAUCACGCAGAUAAGACGUCAGUGGAAGUGUCGUUAUUACGCCCUUCUAGAUGCUGUCGAUCUCCUCUACAAGGACUACCAGUUGCUGUACCGAGUGAGUGAAAAUCAACGCCGUGUAUUGACAUCAUCGAUGGUGGAUCGUCUCCUAGCGAGCCACAUAUCGAAAAAUAAUCUAGAAGCUGUCGUUUUCUGA